GUGGGCUUAUCGUUAGAUUGGCCAGAUCGAGAUAUGCCCGGGCACUUCUUGAAACGCCGGCACAUCAUGAUUCGGCCGGGCAUAUCGCGAUGCGCCAAGUAAAAGGUUGGGCAGAUCGACGAGAAUAACGUAUUUGUCGAUAUUCCGAGCUAACAACACGGCGGAUCGUGAAAUAGUUGCAUUUCGCGCCGAUAGUGGCGCUGUCUUCGCGCGCUCGGCUUUGUUUACGCGAGCGGAAGAUGGCGGCGUUACAAACAAGUGAAUGUGGUGUUGAUAUUAUCAAAAUGAACAGUGAAAACGAAACAAAAAGUGCAUUUAAAGAACAAUAUUACCAUCAGUUACUUGAUUUCUAUGAGGGACAUAAAGAUUCUUCGCACAAUGUAAAAAAACCAUGGACUUCUCAACGUAUUUUAGAGGUUAUUGAACAAAUAAAAAGAAGUAGGGUGACCAUGCAGCGGGUCUCUUCGGACUAUUAUUGGAGUGCAAAAUAUGAUGUCAUGGAAACUUCUGACAAAGAUUACUUAAUUUUCAAAAGAAAAACUGCCGAUGAUCCUACAGUGCGCAUAGUCGCCGUAGAUGAAUAUUUUGAUAUAUUAACAGAAGUUCACAAAGCUGUUGGGCAUGGUGGCAGAGAAAAAAUGAUAUAUAGUAUUAAAAACAAAUUUCACAUACCGAAAAAAGCUAUAGAAAUAUACAUUAAAUUGUGUGCAGUGUGUGAAAUGAAACGUUCCAUGCCAAAAAAAGGUAUAGUGACAAAACCAAUUAUAUCACCAGAUUUCAACUCACGAGGUCAGGUAGACCUUAUUGAUUUACAAUCAGCUCCGGACGGGGAAUACAAGUGGUUAAUGAAUUAUCAGGACCAUGCUACCAAGUUUCUACACUUGAGGCCAUUGAAAUCUAAGAGGGCUGUGGAGGUGGCGUUUGAACUAUUUAAAAUAUUUUUGGAGUUUGGUGCACCAUUAAUUUUACAAUCUGAUAAUGGGAAAGAGUUUACAGCUCAUGUCAUUGAAGAACUUGUGCAGUUGUGGCCAGAAUGCAAGAUCGUUCAUGGAGGCCCUAGACGUCCUCAAACGCAAGGAAGCGUCGAACGUAGCAACCAAGACGUAGAAAACAUGUUGCGUUGUUGGAUGAAAGAUAAUGAUUCUGCUAAUUGGUCUGUGGGUUGCUACUUCGUACAGUAUUAUAAAAAUUCAUCUUUUCAUCGUAUAAUUGGUAGAUCACCCUAUCGUGCCUUGUUCGGUUCUGACCCCAAAACAUUACUGAAAGGUACUAAUAUCCCGGACAGUGUUAUUUCAUCUAUUCAAACUGAAAAGAAGAAUACUUCGACAACCUCGAUGGAGAUAAUCUUGCCUGAAGGGACAAAUGUUGAUGGCUUAAGUAGUAAAGCACUAACGCUUGAUGAUGAGAUGGUUUCGGCCAAAGUGAAUAUUUCUGAAGCAUUAAGUGUACAGGAUGCCCCAACAUGUAUAAAUGCGGCACCGGCGCCUGCCAAUAUCGCAGACAGUGUUAUUUCAUCUAUUGAAACUGAAAAGAAGAAUAUUACGACAACCUCGAUGGAGAUAAUCUUGCCUGAAGGGACAAAUGUUGAUGGCUUAAGUAGUAAAGCACUAACGCUUGAUGUUGAGAUGGUUUCGGCCGAAAUAAAUGUUCCUAAAGCAUUAAGUGUACAGAACGUCCUAUAUAAUAAUAAUAAACAGAACGUCCUAACAAGUGUAAAUUCGGCAACGGCGCUUGCCAAUCAAGAUCUGAAAAUAGAAAAUAUUGAAACCGCCGAACAAAAACUUGAAGCAACUAAUUGUUCACCCAGAAAUGAUACGUCCUGUAUAGAAGAUUUAGCUUUGCAAACUGUUAACAGAGCUUCUACUAGCAAAGAUGUUUUUGUCGUUUCAAUUCAAGGGGUUUCAGCCAGUAGCGACACGUCACUAACGACUAAGAAAGCCGACUGCAAUACGCAGAUUUGUUUGGUUUGUACCAAAGAAACUGGAGCUCAUAGUUGUAGAUCGUGCUUUAAACCAGUUCACGCAGUCAUUGGGGAACAGACAGAAGAAGAAAGGGAAACUCCAAGUGAUGCUAAAAGCAACACAGAAACAAAGGACAUGAAUAUAAACAUACCUGUAUAG